GUGCAAUUCCAAUGGUGACAGCGACCGUGUACUGUGCGCCUGCGCUUCUACGGUAUGCAGCGCUCGCUGUCUACAGUCUGGGCAGCAUGCUCGGCCUAUAUAAAGCAAUGCGCGCUUGGUCGCCUUGGGAGCGCCGGCUGUGUUUUGCUGCACCGUUUUGCAUGCGGUUAAUGCUAGCGGGGGCGCGCGCCGCGCGGCUCGGUGGCGGCGACCCGCAUGCUAUUCUGCACGUCUUCCUACAGGACGCAGUGUCCUUAGGCGGCGGGGUGAUCGGCGCCCUGCAUAUCCCCGAAAAGUGGUUCCCGGGCGCUGUGGACCGCUGCCUCAACUCACAUAACAUCAUGCAUGUGCUGGUGGUACUCGCAGUAUACUCCAUGCACCAGGUGACCACACGUGACAUAGCAUGGAUGUCUCGCGUGGACUGCAGGGCCCCCCUGCGUCAGCUCUGACGGCCGGCCGCAACCACGCCCGCCCCGCCCGGACAUCUCACCAACGCCUUGCUACAGCUCUGGUUCACGUCCCCCUGGCUCUAGUCCUCUACCCCCCAAGGGGAUAGCAAUCUUGCAUAGAAUUUACGGAAGCGCUCAACAUUUGCCCACAUUUGAAUUCAAGAUUUCUUAUCAGAAAGUUGCUGUUGCUCUGAUUAUUACCAGAAAAAAUUAAAAUAUCGAAUUCAUAUUAACAAUCACCGGACUUUAUUGAUAUGUUUAUUUCGUAGACGGGGCUUCCCAAUAUUUAUUGGUAACUUUAGAAGCCCUAAUAGAAUCUGUUAACAAUUUUAAAGAUUUUUAAAAUGUAAAACAUAAUAAAUUAAAAUUUGUCUUGUAACUACAAAAUUUAUGAAAUCGGACAAUAUCAGCCUGCAAGGAUCUCAUGUAUCCUAUAUACGUAUUACGAACAUAUCUCUAACACCAAUAACUAUAACUUACGAGGGAUAUUGUGCAUUACUCUCUCGUACUUUGAUUCAUUAAUUUUAGUAAUCUACAAAAAAAUAUUGAUAAAUGAAACAACUUUUGAACGGUUUCACCGCGUUUAUAUUUUUCUUUUAUUGACGUUUCGGAGCCUUUACAGGUUUCGUAUCCACAUAAGACAAAAGUCUUUUUUAAAUAAUUUAAUUUAAUAAAUGUAAACGUUUCCAUAUUUUUUUGUAUUGUGAAUGUGUCCAAUAAUUUUGUUGUGAAUGUACUCGUGGCUAUAUUCUUAAUUAAAAAGACAAGCAACACCUUGGUCAUCAAACGUCAAUAAAAGUAAAAUACAAAUGCGAAGAAACCGUUUAAAAAUUAUUUGGUUUAUGGUUGGUGCGCGUGAAAAUAUAAAAAAUUAAGAUAUUGUUGAUCAUUUUCUUUAUUAUUUGUGAUGUCUGUUUUAGGUGAUGCGCAAAUAUCCCAUGUCAUUCCCAUUUAAUCUUUCAAUCAAUAAUAGAAAAAUAUACCGGGUCAUAAAAGUAAUUAUGUACUGAAAAAUACAUCAAUAAAACUGAACAAUUUUCUUAUAAAAAUUCUAUUCAGUAAAUCGAAUUACAACACUUAAAACACAUCUUUACAAGAUGCGCUUUUUAUACAACACAAUUAAUGCUUCCUCAUUAGACAAUGAGCUGAAAAUUACUUAAAUCGUUUACAAAAUGCAAUAAGUUCUUCGAGUUCUAAGUGAGAUAUCAAUUUAAAAAAUAUAUUAUUAAAACAAAAUGUUAAAUGACAGUAUCUGCAAAAUAGACUAGUUUCACUUCGUCAUUUUUAGAGUUGUAUCAUAUUUCACGUCGCUUACCUAACAAUACCGUGCGCUACUGUUUUUAAUAAAAGCAAAAUAAUAUAAUAAAAAAUAGUAGGUACUAAAUUACAUUUUAUAUUUAUCGCAUAAAAAUGUUUAAGUUUGAAAUACGUUCAUUUUAAAAGUAAAAAUUUUAUUUAUUGUGGUGGUUAUGAUAGAUGCCGUCAAUGAUUUUCGAAUAUAAAGUAUCAUAAAUCAAUAAUAAUAAUACUGUAAAGUAAUACAGUGCAUGAGUAGUGAAGAGGAAAAGUGUUCCGUGAAUUUAACGCGUAAACGCGAACGUUCAGCGUUUCGUAUGUAACCUGAACCUUUCAAUUGGCUCUAAAGAACUCUUAAAAAAAUUAAACAUCGAUCACUUACGUUUUAGUGAUAUAACGCAGACUAAAUAUUACUUAGGAUAAGUUUGUAUGGUCUUAUGCUCUUUGUCUGCUUUAUCGAUAAGAAAACUGAGGAUUUUCGAUACAAAUUGUCAUUUGUACAAGUUUUGUAUAAGGAACAAGUUUUCGUUAUUUCGAACCAUUAACUCAAAACUUAGAGAUAUC